GCUGGCGCAGUACGCAGGCGCAGCGAGACCCCGGCAUUCAUGGCGGAAACUGAGCUGGUGACGGAGUUCCCUCGGCCCGCUAGUGCCGAGCGCUGCGCGGAGGUUAUGGCUCGCUUUGCUGCCGGGCUGGGCGCGCAGGGCCGACGGGUAGUGUUGAUCACGUCCGGUGGCACCAAGGUCCCACUGGAAGCGCGGCCGGUGCGCUUCCUGGACAACUUUAGCAGCGGGCGGCGGGGUGCAACUUCGGCCGAGGCUUUCCUGGCGGCAGGCUAUGGGGUCCUAUUCCUGUACCGAGCUCGAUCUGCUUUCCCUUUUGCCCACCGCUUCCCGCCACAAACCUGGCUGUCGGCCUUGCGACCCACCGGCCCCACUCAUUCGGGCUUGCUGAGUUUGGAGGUCGAAGAGAAUGCACUUCCUGGCUUCGGUUCCGCUCUGCGGAGCUACCAGGAGGCUGCUGCAGCUGGCACCUUCCUGGCUGUAGAGUUCACCACUUUAGCAGACUAUCUGCAUCUGCUGCAGGCUGCUGCCCAGGCUCUCAGUCCGCUAGGCCCUUCUGCGAUGUUUUACCUGGCUGCGGCCGUGUCAGAUUUCUAUGUUCCUGUCUCUGAAAUGCCUGAACACAAGAUCCAGUCAUCUGGGGGCCCACUGCAGAUAACAAUGAAGAUGGUGCCAAAAAUGCUUUCUCCUUUGGUUAAAGACUGGGCUCCCAAUGCAUUUGUAAUUUCUUUUAAAUUGGAAACUAACCCUUCCAUCGUAAUUGAUCGUGCACGGAAUGCUUUGGAAAUUUAUCGACAUCAGGCAGUGGUGGCUAAUAUCCUUGAGUCACGAAGGUCUUUUGUGGUUAUUGUAACCAAAGAAUCAGAAACUAAGUUGGUGCUGUCAGAGGAAGAAGAAGAAAAUGGUAUGGAGAUAGAAGAGAAGAUAGUGAAUGAUCUUAAGUCUCGACACACAACUUUUAUAUGUGAUAAAAACUGAAUGAAAAACCCUUAUAGGAUCAAAUAAUGUUCAGUGGACCAUGGGCUUUUAUAGAUAAUGAGAACUAGAAUAAAUGUGCUUUCACACAAACAGAAAAUGAAGGUGAAAAUCAGUGGUGUACAGGCAGAUAUGGUUUGGAUUUUUGUCUUUAAAGACCAUUUCAUGCUCAUUAAAAAAUGAAACAAAUGCAAAGUAGAUAUGACCAAACUACAUGACACACUUGCCUGAAUAUGAUCUUGAUUGUGAAAAUGAAUACCAGCUAUUUCUCACCUUUAAACAGGAGCUUAUGGGGAAUUAUAUUCUUCAAAAUACACAUGUGGGGCCUGUAUGUCAGUCUUCUUCAUACUAUAAAAGGAUUAUGGAUACAUGAAUAGUUAUGCUCUGUAGAUCAAACACUUGUUUUAUCUGCUAUACUCUAGAUCUUAAGAAUUAUGAGAAUUAAAAAGAAUAAUAAAUGUGUUGUUUGGGAAAUGGAUAUAUAAAAAAUGAAGUGCAAUAAAUUAUAUGCCAAAAGCCAA